CUGUUGACAUCCUGUACACACCUAGAACACCACACACAGUCUUACAGCUUCGUCCUUUGACCCUCACAUACUCCAACUCGGCCUCGCAUUCACUACAACCAACAAUAUCAACCAUUCUUCCAUCACAGUGGCCGCCUUGCGCCUUCGAUAUGAUCACCGUCGCGACGGCCAAGCCCUGACAAUUUAAUUCCACCCUGAGUCUCCUCCUUCGAGUUGUGGCACACAACCACCUUCGAUCAUGGCGACAGCCGCCUUUGUCGACCCCCGAGAGAACGCCUCCAACAAAACUCUUAACGCGUCAUUCAACGGCCUCUCGGAUCCCUUUCUUGACAAUACUGUCUCCGACCACCCAGUCCACUCCCAUCGCUACUCUGCUCUAAUCGAUUCCGACACCAUUACCCUCGGCGCCAGUACCUCGCCAGCCCAGGUCAAACGCAGUCUUGAAGCCCAUAUUUCCGAGACUGAGCGUCGUUUACAAGAUGCCCAAAAGCUCGGCCAAUCUCUCCUUCAGCAGCAGGCAGACCUUCAGGAAAAAUUGUUGGAGGUGGAUAGGCAGCAGGGCGAUGCGGAGAUCUCCCCAGGCUUAAGACAACAGCUGACUGAUUUAGAGAAGGAGCACAACGACAUUGGCAAGGAGAUUGCUCGCGCUCUCCUCGGUCCAAAAUCUCGUGCUGUCAGUGGCGAGGAAAGACCUACCGCUGAGCCUUCCACGUUUUCCAGCCAGGCUACUGCCUCUCCCACAAAGGUCUCGGCCCCUAGUAGACGUUCCAGAAACCAGCCCAGCAAUCGCGCUGGAGACCUCCAGUUUGCUGCAGAUAUCAGCACCUCCCUGCUUGCACAAGUCCGCCAAUUGCAAAGUGCAGUCGCUGAGCGGGAUGAUCUCCUCAAGCAAUCAAAUUCGGAACGCGAGCGUCUAGAACGUGAUAACCAGGUAUUCGCCCAACGCCUCCGCGCACUCGACGAGAAUGAGCAGAAAUACAAAGACGAAAACUGGAAUCUCGAAACCCAGACACACCAACUCCUAGCGGAUGCUCGCGAAGCCAAUGAUCGCGAGAAGAAAUUGAGAUCAACUCUAGCUGCCAUCACCGCCGAUAAAUCGAGGUCCGAAGCCGAGGCUGAAGAACUCCGGCUGAACCGCGAUAGGCUGGCUGAUGAUCUGGCUGCUGCCAAAAAGGCACACGACUCCGAGCUUCAUACCCUUAAGAGAACAAUAGAAUUGGGUGACGGAGAGAGGACCUCUCUGCAGACCAAGGUCGACGAAUUGACUUCCCAGAACACUGAGUUGGCCCGCGCUAUUGCCGCCCGAUUGAGGUCCCAACAUUCGGACGCCGACCUACUACCAGGUAAUGAUCAAGACGGCGACUUCAGAGAUGUGGAGGCUCUCGACGAUUCGCCUCCUCCUUCACCAACCAAAGCUACCCCUAGACAUGGUGGCCUGGAAUCAGAAACCAUGAGGAGUUCUUUGCAUCAUGCCCACCGCAUGAUUCAGAACCUCAAGAAUAACAUUCAUCGCGAAAAGACCGAAAAGAUUGAGCUCAAGCGCAUGCUACAAGAUGCGAGAGACGAACUCGAGCAACGUCGUGGCGAUGGAGCUCCAGGAAGUGGCAGCAAGCGCCAGCGAACCAAGGUGGACCCUUUCAAGAAGCCAGUCCGGCCAGACAUGCUUGGUAACAGCCGCCGAUCCCGAACUGACAUAGAAAUGGACGAUGAGGAUUGGGAAGACCAUGCUGUUGACACCCCUUCACACAGCUCUACCUCCAAACACCUCAAUGUCCCGUUCUUUGCUACUGGGCGGACGACAGAUGCGAGCGACGCGUAUCAGACGGCCACGGAGAACGAAGCUGGCGCCUUCGAGACGGCGGAUGAGCGGCACACCACCGAAAGCGAGGACUUCCAGACUGGGGCUGAAAGUCUCGCCGGGGACAGUACAGACGAUCUGACCGAGACCGAAGACAACGCAUCCCAUUUACAGCGCAAAUCUCGUGCCAUCAAGCCAUCCCCUCUCUCCUUUAAACCUGCUGGAGACAGACAAUCAUUCAUGAGCACUGCCUCUACCUCAGCUGGUGAAGAUGAGGACGAGCUCAAGACCCCUGUCGUGACCCAAACUCAGAAAUUCCGCCUCCGCAAUGGGGGAAGACAGUCUGUCGUUCGUCAGUCCCAAACGCCAACUAACGGCACGCCGACCAAUAUUUAUGCUGGAAGCAGUUCGUUUGAUUCGCCUGCAACCAUGACCGACCGCAGCCCCCCAGGCGCAGAACAAAGUCUCUUUGCAGAGCUUGGUGAGCUGGACGAUUCUAAUUUCGGAACUCCAGGCAGAUCAAGUAUCAUUUCUGCUGCCUCCACCCCUGGCCUAGCCUCGGCCGCCAGCAGACGUACGACACUGGAAGCGAAUGCCCCAUAUGUCCCAAAACCUGUUAUGGUAGAUUCCGGCGUCAUGACAGAGCCCUGGCAACCGGAACCGCCUGUAGCUUCAGGGAUCGUAACAGAAGAUAGAGCUGCUGGGCCAAGCACACCCAUCCAAUCUUCCCACCCUUCACCAAUGGCGAUAAAUUUCCCUCUUCCACCCACGGUGCCAAAUUCACCUUUCAAACAUACCGACAAUGGUACACAAUACACACCACAGCGAGCUUUGCAAGACAGUCCACUUCGAAACACGGCCUUCAUCACGCCUCCUAAAACUGUGUGGGAUGAAGCCCAGAGCCCAGAGAAUGUGCAGUCAGAACAGGACCCAUAUGCUCUCACUUACACCCCACAGGUUUUUGGAUUUUCGGGACUUUUGACACACGAGACUCAACCUGUAUCCCCAGAGAGGCCUCAAACACCCCCGCCCGUGAUCUUCGAGCAUCUCAACUUCUCGGACAUACACUUUGAAGCCACAGAACCUGUGCAGACGCCGAUCAAGUCAACAUCGAUGCAGCUGACUUCGACUGCAACCCAAGUCGAAGAUACUCCUGGACGUUCAGCUAGAGCAGAGAAGCUUGCAGCCGCUGCUGCUUUGGGUUUGGCCAAAGCCAAGAGCACGUCUGCUCCAUUAAUUGCAGAGGAUGAGACAAGUGAGCCAGACAUUCCACAAUUCGAAGCUUCGACGGAGAAAGACCAUCCUUUGAAGGAUGUGUCUGGCAACAGUCUGCUUAGGAAGCCGACACAGGCACAAACGCUUGGGUCGAAAGACUUGCAGAUGCCCGCCCCAAUUGCACGUUCCCACAACGACCAGAGCUCGCAGACAAUGCUCACGGCGGCAGAAAUUGAGAGCGCUUUGCGUUCCAAGACCGCUGUCGCAGAACCUCUCCCUCCUGCACUGACACGAGGACAGACACAACCUCACAAAGCCACCAGACCAAUAAUUGUACCUGCACCUAUAGAUGUCGCUCGGGCAUCCCUCCCUGCAGACCCGCCAGUUUCGGAACUUGAUCAGGACACGCUCUCUGCAUUCCCGCUCCCCUCGCCGACUAGACGUCCAUCCAGCGCAUCGAGUCAGAGACUUGGCAGUGCCACGAUACAUCCUCCACUUCCACCGGAUCACAAGGCAGCAAUCGCCAGGGCUAGUAGCCGCGUUGCAUCGCCGACAAGAGAUCUUGAUACCGUGAACAAAGCUCCAACGAUUAUGGGUCCACCGGCCAUUCCUGCGUCAGCCAUGCGUCGCCCCAAGACGCCCAGUGACUCCAUCAGGUCGCCGACACGCGAAGGCAACGGGCCAAGGACGUCGAACGUCAGUCGAUUCAACCGUGGAACCGUUGCAUCACAGACUUCACGCCGAUCUUCCGUAUCUUCUUUUGCAUCUGAGAUCGAUGUGCGGUUCAAUAUGCAUCCAAAUGCAACGCCAGGACCCCACACGUUUGGAACAGAUCCUAGAAUCAUUCAAGCCAUCACACAGACUAUGAUAGGUGAGUUUCUGUGGAAGUAUACGCGAAAGACGGGUCGGUCGGAAAUGUCCGAAACUCGGCAUCGACGUUACUUCUGGGUCCACCCAUAUACGCGUACGUUGUACUGGUCGGACCAAGACCCUCAAACUGCGGGUAGAGCUGAGCUCAAAGCCAAAAGUGUGUUGAUUGAGAGCGUUGAAAUUGUCAAUGACGACAAUCCUAUGCCCCCUGGUUUACACCGAAAGAGUCUGGAGGUUGUCACUCCUGGUCGACGUGUUCGAUUUACUGCAAGCACUGGACAGAGGCAUGAGACCUGGUACAAUGCACUCAAGUAUCUCCUGGUGCGAGGUGAGGACACAAACGGGGAGGCUUACACCACUGGAAGCAACGAAAUCACGAGAGAUGAUGUCAACGAGUUCAAUGUCAACGCUGCAGGUUACGGGGCCACUUUGGUGCCCAAUGGCAGCCGCAUGAGUCUAUCGAGUUACAAUUCAAGGACGACACGGGGGUCUGUGAUCCAUAGACCUUCUGCAGCUCAUGGCAUCUCGUCUUCCUCUGCCAAUCGCCUCCCGGAGGAGUCGACUGCUAGUCGCACAGCGCCAAAUUCAACUGUCCGAAGGAGCCGAGCGGACCAGCCCCAGGACGGCGACCGCGAUCGUACUGUGCGGGCCAGUAGCACGAGUCGAUUUUCACGGAUGAUGAGCUCCGUGACUGGACGAACUCCAAGAGCAAGUGAGGCUUUCACCACGCCCGGUCGAGCAGCUAGCGAUACUGGAAGCAUCUAUGAUGCUAGCGUUGUCAGCGAUGGUCGAAGAGAUUCGGCAGAAGAGAUGCGCCGGGAAAUGUUGAGACAGGAACAAAUCGGAUUCGGCGGGCUCGAGAACGUCCGGGCAUGCUGUGAUGGCAAGCACGAUGUGUCGACCCUAACGCACGCUCAUCGACACGCUUCGAGUGCAAGCCACUCACACCGAGGCGUCAGCAUGAGCUUCCGCGGAUCCGCUCGUCGAAGCAACACAAACUCUACUCUAGUGUCCAACGCCCACGAAGGGAUGUGAUGUGGGAAUGGCGAUCCGUUUAAUGACUUGACUGCCUAGAAAAUCAUCAUCUACCGUUUCCCUAAACUACUGACUCUGUCUGGUUCCUGUCCUGUGGAAUCUUGUACUGGGUGUUUAGAACGUACUGCACAUAUGUCUACAUGUACAAAUUGUGUAGACUGGUAUAUCAAGUGAAGCUCGCACGUCAUAUGUCGUAUUUGUAUAUGGCCCAGAAGGAUCCGAACAGUGAACAUGGCUAGAAUACUACUUAAUCAUUC